AUGAAAUUGGUCACGCAUGAGUUAUUCGGGGAGCAAGCGAUGUCGAAUGACAAAACCGCAAAGAAGGAUAUGUUGACCCAGGUGAUCUGGGAUUCGGUACCACGUUGUUUUGGGCCUAACACUAUGUUUGAAGAUUUUAUCCAUAAUAAACAUCGUAGAGAUGUAGCAAAUGUGUUGUUGGUAAUGCGUGGGAAUAUCACGCCUCCCGUCACCUAUUGCCAACGCAUAAUCCAAAAGAUUACAACUGAUGCUGACGGACUUGUUUUCAUGCACAUCUACACUUUUGACCAAAAUGGGCAAGUCGAUAUCAAGGUGAAGUUCCAAAACCCUUUUGUCAUGUCCAACACCAUCCGUUUUGUUUUGUUUGGGUCCCACCAAGAAUUUCUUGGCAACAUGGAAGAGCAGCAAAUCAAACAUUUAAAAGUGAUCUGGGCACUCGCCGGUGCUGCAACAUUCUACAGUCUAGAUGAACAGUCGGACGUUCACGUGAAAUUUGAUCAUUUCAGUGGAACAGCGUACAGUUGCAAGUUUGACACCAUUCUAGCUGUGAUCAGAAACCUCACUGGGGACAAGCUAGCAGAAUUUCAUGAUUUCCUACGGUAUGUUACGAACUAG